CACCAAAAAACACAAUAAGAAAGAAAAAAACAUCGUGAACAACGGCAUAUGAGACGAACAUCAGAAUUGUGUGCAAAUUUUUGAAUGGUGUUUGUUUUUCCAACUUGAAUUUCUAAUUAAACAUAAAUCGUGCUCAUAUUACAUAUAAUCGAAUAAAUAAUGAUGUAAAGAUUGAAAGAAUUGUGUUAAAUUAAUCAUAGUAGGAAAUAUAAUUGCGCAAUAAGCGCAGAAAUUAUAAGGUUGUAUUAAAGAAAAAAACGGUAAAGAAUAGCAACAUUUACUUACACACAAGCUAAGAACCGUAAGGAAUCUCGCCAUCGUGGGGUGUGUACACUCCCUAAACGUGUUUAAUUUCAUACCAACUGUGUUUUCUGAGGAAAUUAUAACGUCCUUUAGUGUUAUACUAUAAAAAUUAGUUGAUUUUUAGCAGUAAUUUAGUUAGAACUUGGUGAAUAUUGCACAGGUGUGUUGUGUGGGCGGCUUAGCGGCAGCGGAUGAGGCCAGUGAAAUCACAGCUGCACACACAAAUACGCCACUUGAACAAAGCAUAUUGCUGAGCUAUGGAAGUCAAAGAGGUGUUAAAUCGUGAAGGGCGCGACGCCAAGAAUUUACUUGUCUACCAAUUUUGUGAGGAUCAAGUACCGGCGGAUGGCUCUCAAGGCUUUACUGGAAAAAUUUCGCCGUCCUUAAACGUGCGCAAGCCACCCGUCGCACCAUCAAAGUCACCAAAUUCACUAAAGAAUGCAUUGUCGCCAAUACGAACUGCAAAAAUGCAAAACACAGGACCACGUGUGCGUAGUGCUUCUACGGGUCGAGACAAAAAAUCGGAAUUACAAGCACGCUAUUGGGCGCUCCUAUUUGGCAAUUUACAGCGUGCUGUCAACGAAAUCUAUCAGACGGUAGAGUGCUGUGAGAAUAUAUCAUGGUGCCAGGAGGCGAUUUUAGUGCUUGAGAAUUAUGUACGCGACUUUAAAUCGCUUAGUGAGUGGUUCAAAGUUUCUUGGGAUUACGAAUCACGCCCUUUGCAGCAAAGACCACAAUCGCUGGCAUGGGAAGUGCGUAAGAGUAAUCCUGCACCACGUGUACGCGCUAAAAGUUUGACCAGUCCCACAAUGUCGGGUAAAUCAAGCCCAUCUGCCUGUGCAUGUGCGUCGGGAAAGUCAUCACCAUGUUGUGGCGACACUGCAUCACCACGAAAAAGCUUACGUGCCUGUGAUCCCUUACCAAAAGGUGCUAUGCGUGUGAAUGUGCGUGAGUUGUUUGCCACAAACAAAGGCAGAGCCAGCAAUGAGCGCCCAACAGAUGUUAUAGAACAAAAGAAAUGCAUAGACACGCAGCCAGAGCCACAUGUGGAGGCCGAGCCAAUGAAAUUGCUCAAUAGGUGCCAUCAAUAUGCGCAAACUGAUCUAGAAGAUGAUCAUUUGACUUUGGCAGAUAUACGAAUAAAACUACAAAGAGAAGCGGAAGAACGGCAAAUGGCUGAAGAGGCCGAGCAAGAGCGUUUGCGACAGCAGGAAGAGUUUGAAAGGCAGCGUCAACAAUGUGAAGAGCAGCGUGAACGUGAACAGCAAUUAGUGGAGCAAAACAUGCUGGAGCAACAACAAAAGCAGCAUGAGGAAGAUAAAGUAAAACAGGAAAAUGAAAAUCUGGCGCAAAGAGUUGAUUCAAACGUGGAAACGACUAUUGUUACCACCAGCAAGCGGGCUAAUGUUACUUUAAAUGGCAAUGAUUCCAGUGGCACAGAUGCAGAUGAUCCACAUUUCGCAAUGAAUCGCGAACCAACCGCUUUAGAGAUGACUGUACAAAGGCUAAAUCAAAUGGAAAACGAAAUUCUUGCAAAAGAUGCCAAUAAAAUGCCCACACCGCCAACGACUGAACUUCGAAAAGCAGAACCUAUAGUGGAUGUUAAACCGAGUCUCGCUCCCGCAGAUACUUCGAAGAAACCGGCCACAACUGCAACGACGCAAAAUGGUCCACUUAAAUAUUCCAGUGUUUUGAAUCGCCCAGCUACAACGCGUCCAACAAAUUCAAAUCUAACAAAGCCAUCGGGCAACGUACGUCCUUUAGCCAACGCAACGGCUGUGAAUAAAGCGGUGCCAACGCAGAAAACUCUAUCCAACACCAGCCUGCGCCGCUCCGCUACCACCGCUUCGGUGACAAAACCGGCGCCUCCACGUUUAUCUGCAGGCGGUGCCAGCGCACGUUAUAUAACACCACGUCCAUCCAGUAAAACCGAACAUUACGGACCACCGACACACGUCGCUUCUAGGCUGUCCGCGCGUUCACGAACCAUGAUUGAAAUGCAACCUAAAGAGCAAAAGCCACGCACCGGCCAUCCUACGCAACCACAACGGUAUUCACACACAACGGUCUCAUCACGCAAAUCCUCGCGUGAAGAUAUUGGCAGCUCGAGCUCCACGCUCAAAGCCAGCACUGAACUCAUAUCAUCCUCCAAAAGCAGCUUAUCACACGCACCGGGCGCAGUGGUACACAUCGACGAACGUCGUUCGGAGCCGAAGCAGCUGCCCUCAGACGCCAACGACGGCUGGCUGACGGUGAAGAAUCGUCGUCGCUCCAGCAUGCAUUGGGCCAAUCGGUUUAAUCAGCCCACAGGUUAUGCCAGUCUUCCAACACUAGCUUUAUUCAAUGAACAGUUGGCCGAGAGUGAAGAGCACCAAAGGAGCAAGAAAAUUGCCAUUAAGAAGGGCGCCAUGCAGGAAAACAAUAGCGCCACAAAUAAAACGCAACCAAGCGCCAAGCAAACCAAAGCGCUGAAGGCGCAAAAGAGUGUCGACAAGCCGGUAAAAUGCGCGACGCGUCCCGAAAUAAAGAAUGCCAAGGCCAAGGUGAAUUCCUUGCCAACGCAACGCAAGAAUGCUGCCACGCAAGCGCCCACUGCCGUUGCUACCAAUGGCGCAAGCUCCGCACGCGCGCCGAAUGUGCCAACACGCGAGGCGAUCAUCAAGCGACAAAAGUCUGAUUUGACAGGCUUGAAGAUGACCUCGCUGCACAAGGAAUACAUGCGCAGCGAGAAGUAUGCGCAACGCAAGCAAAAUGGUAGAGCGGGCUCGUUGGAGAGUUCCGCGGCCAACUCGACAGAGACCGUUGUGGAUGCAAAUGACGAGGCCGACAACAAGGAAGCCACUGCCGACAACGCAGAGUUCGCCGAACAGAAUAAAAUUGACAUAAAAAUACAAACGAAUCGUGAUUUCUCCAAAACCAUUGGCGAUCUCUACGAGAGUAUUGCGCAAACCGCCAAAGCGGCCAACUUUGGUGGCAGCAAUCUUGACAACACAUGCAGCGCCGGCAAACUUUCCAGUUGUGAUGAGAGCGAGGAGACAUUCGCCAGCGAAACGGAUUGUGAUGAGGAUCAGCGCAUGCUGGUCGAGGAGCAAGAGUCGCUGGAGCGCCAAAUACGCGAGUUGGAGAACACCGAAAUCGAUGUGGACACCGAAACCGAUGAGACGGACGGUGAAGUGGCACUCGAUCAUGAGCAUGACUGCAACGAAACGGUAGAUCGCUUGCUCGAUGAUGCCUCCUCGAUACCCUUUUUACCAGCGGGUGAGGACGGCAUGGAUCCGAAUCUCAGUUUGGAAAUGCGCUAUCACGCGCUACUCUCGGAAAUGUCGCGCGUUGAGCGUGAGGAAGCGCUGGCCACGCUACAAGCGUAUGUGGCACGUCAUCCGGGGCGCGCGCAGGAGUUGCAUCAAAAACUCUCCUCACCGUCGCGCCGCCGCUCACUGCAGGAGACACUGAAGAAAUACCAAGCGAAGCAUACGCGCGCGCAACAAAAACGCGAGCAAGUGCAGAAGGAGAAAACCAUUAAAAUACAACAACUAUUGGCGCGCGUCGAAGAUGUGAAGGCGGCCAAGCGUCAGCUAAUCGAGGAUAAGCGCCUGAAGAUGGAGGAUAAAAUGCAGCGCGCCGCCGAGAAUCGCGAGCAAUACCUGCGUCAAAUAGUAGAGAAGGCGCACGAUGAGGAAAAGAAGUUGAAAGAGAUCAAUUUCAUCAAAAAUAUCGAAGCGCAAAACAAGCGCUUGGAUCUGCUCGAAUCCUCCAAGGAUGCCGAGGGGCGCCUGCAAGACUUGGAGCAAGAGCGCCAAAAGCGUUUGGAAGAAAAGGCGGCGCGCGAAGCUGCCGUCGAGCGGCGACGCCAAGAGCUGGAAAAGGAGCGCCAACGCAAGCUAGAGAAAAUGAACGAGACGCGUUUGGAAAAAGAGCAGCGCAUUGGCAAAAUGCAAGAGCAAAAAGAGCGUCAACGCCAGGCGCUGGCGCGCGAGAAGGCGCGCGAUCGUGAAGAGCGUUUGCUGGCGCGUCAAACGCAACAACAGCAGACCACUGAAGAGUUGCAGCGUAAGAUACUUCAAAAGCAGCAGGACUCGGCGCGGCGCCACGAAGAGAAUAUCGAGCACAUACGGCAACGCGCGCUUGAGUUGACUUUGCCGACGCGCAACGUCGAUGAGAAUGGCGUGCAGCGCAACGAAAACGGUGAGGUGAUCGAGGAUGGCGAUCUGUCCUCAACGGUGUCGGAUGUGGGCAGUCGUGAGCACACGCGCGGCUACAAGAAGAAAAUCAAAAAGCUGAAGCAACGCAUGGCGCAGAGUGCCGAGGAGUAUAUGAAGGAGCAACAACCGGUGCCGCUGCAUAUGAAGCGCGAGAGUCAAGUGCCGAAAUAUUUGAAUCUCGUGAGCAAAGGCGGCGGCUCGCAAGGUUUGGAGCGCGCCGUCAGCCAGCUGCUGCGUCUCAUGAGCAAGGCGCAAGUAUUCGAUUUUCAGUGCUUCCUGCUUAUGGAUGGCCUUGGUGUCAUCACCACAAAUGUGAUUAGCAAAAGCAUGCAAGAGAACAAUGACAUUCCAAAGCGCGCUGUUGUGCUCGCUGUGCAAUUAUAUCGUAACGCCUGUACGCUUUGUCCGCAAAUUGCGCGUCACGCCAUACUCGGAAAUACGCUGAGCGCGUUAUUCGAUGUGCUAUUCCAGAGUUUGCAGCUUCCCGAAGAAAAAUCACCGCAACAUCCUGUAGAGUUGUCCACUGAGCUAAUGCUCGCCUGCACAGUGGCCAUGUCGCCGUCCUACACGAAGAAGCACACCCACCCCAAAGUGCUGGAACGCCUACCGGAUCUGAUAAGCUAUGCCGUUAUCAUCGGGCUCAUCGAAAUCCUUUCGCGGCGUUGCAUGAAGAUACGCGAGUGCAUCGAAAGUCAUCAGAGUGUGGUGCUCUCGUUGCUGGCUACCCUCGGCUUCCUCACACGCUUCAUUGACGUUUGUCCAGCAGGACCCACAGAUGCGACGCGUUUCCUGAGCGCAGCCAAAUCCACGGAACUUUUCGGUUCGGUAUCGAUGCUCUACGCGUGCGUGGUGCCAAUCGGUGAAUGCAUUCCGCCGCGUACGGUUUCAUUGGCGGCAGCCACCUUCAAUCUGCUGGUCUCCAUGGCAGUGCUGGACUUGCCCACAUUCCAGGAUGUCAUGUCCGGUGAAACGCUGUCACUGAAAUUUCUCGAUGUGGUCACCAUUCUGCUCAAAUACUGUGGCAGCAUCUGUUCAGCGGCCAAAAAUAGUGAAACUCAAGCUGUGAUCAUCGAUCUCAUCGCCACAAUUGGUUUCCUCUGUGCCAACAACAAGAAGAAUCAGGAUCUACUCACCUCUGAGCAAUGUUCCAUUAUAAUUAAGAGCUUAACCAAACUACCUGAACAUUUGAAUGUGGUCGUUUAUCCCUGCUUAGUCACAAUAACGUUCCAAAAUGAGAAUGCUCGCAAUGUGAUAGCACGUGAUUUUAAUUUAGACUUCCUGGAUGAAUAUAGCAAAUCAGAGAAGGCCAAAAAGAACCAUCUAAUCGCUUUGCUCAAAGAGAAGACCUAAAUGAAUUUACGAAAAUAUUUCGAAAAUAAGCUUACCGCUUAUGACUGGCUGAAAAUAUUUCAAAUAAAACACGAAAGUGUCAUUUGUGGCAUAUGAAACGAGCAAUUACUGCCUUUGCAACUAAAAGAAUCAUUGCACACAUUUGCAUAUUUGUAACAGUAAAUAACUAAAAUUAUCGACACUUACAAGU